CAUCUGUUGACUUCCAUCUUUUCUGCUCGAAAUCAUCACAUCAUGUCUCAUUCUCACGACGGAGCUCACUCUCAUUCUCAUGACGCUGUCGAUCAUGGACAUACACAUGAGAUUCUGGACGGUCCUGGAUCUUUCUUGGGUCGCGAAAUGCCCAUCGUAGAGGGUCGCGAUUUUUCUGAGCGUGCUUUCACAGUUGGUAUCGGUGGUCCUGUCGGCUCAGGAAAGACUGCCCUUAUGUUAGCUCUCUGCCUCGCGCUUCGCGAAAAGUACAACAUCGCCGCUGUGACCAACGAUAUCUUCACCCGCGAGGACUGCGAAUUCUUGACCAGACACAAGGCUUUACCCGCUGAGAGGAUCCGCGCCAUCGAGACUGGAGGCUGUCCUCACGCUGCUGUUCGUGAGGAUAUUUCGGCAAAUCUGGCUGCUUUGACGGAUCUCCAUCGCGAGUUCAACACGCAAUUGCUGCUUAUCGAAUCUGGAGGUGAUAAUUUGGCUGCAAACUACAGCCGUGAGCUUGCGGAUUACAUCAUCUAUGUCAUUGAUGUAUCUGGAGGUGAUAAGAUUCCUCGCAAGGGUGGUCCCGGAAUCACUCAGUCGGACUUGCUCAUUGUAAACAAGACUGAUUUGGCUGAUUUGAUCGGUGCGGAUCUCGGAGUUAUGGACAGAGAUUCAAGGAAGAUCAGAGAGGGCGGUCCCACCAUCUUUGCCCAAGUCAAGAAUGGCAAGGGUGUUGAUCACAUUGUCGACAUGAUCUUGAGUGCCUGGAGAAGCUGUGGAGCAAGCCAAGCAAACCCUCAGUAGACCGAAUAAUCUAGACUAAACGGAAAGUUAGCAUUGAUACUACGGUCAGAUGUCUCACGAGGUCAUGAAACGGAGCUGUCAAGAGGAAGACAGAACAUAUGACUGGGCAAAUCUCGCCUGUACCAGAUUUAUCAUAGAGAUGUCUGAGCCGCUAUGAAUCUGACGAGGUUCUGACUCAAUCGUCUUGACUUAGAUAUACCGCUUCCAAUCUUUACCGGAACCCUCAACGUAUCAACUUGUCAUUUAUGAACUCAAUCAUGUCCUCCACAUCGUCCCUCCAGACACUAAGCAUCAGUAUUCAAGCGACUAAAAGUGCCUCUCUUCCACCGAGGGCAAAAUAACUUGCCCUUCGAUGCUCCGAGUCGAACCCUAACCUCUCUUUCAUCACAGACCUACCCCUAUAUGCUUCCCAAAU